GAAUCGCGCUUGUCCCCAGCGGCUUGCCGUCUUCGCCGCCAUGGCGGCCGCCUCGCUCCCCGCAUGGCUGUCCCUGCAGCCGGGGGCCAGGACCCUGCGUGCCUUCUCCACCGCCCUGUCCCCGACCACUCUCGCCGGGAAACCAAGCUCACGUACAACAGAAAGAACAUCCAAAUCUGAAAGGCCACUGAGAAGAAAGGCACUACCUCCCAGGACGGAGAAAAUGGCUGUUGACCAGGACUGGCCUAGUGUUUACCCCGUUGCAGCACCAUUUAAACCCUCCGUAGUGCCUCUUCCUGUUCGAAUGGGUUAUCCAGUAAAACGGGGAGUGCCCAUGGUAAAGGAGGGGAAUCUAGAACUUCUAAAGAUCCCCAAUUUUCUGCAUUUGACUCCUGUAGCAAUUAAAAAGCACUGUGAAGCUCUUAAAGAUUUCUGCACUGAGUGGCCCGCUGCAUUAGACAGUGAUGAAAAAUGUGAGAAGCAUUUUCCAAUUGAAAUUGACACAGCUGAUUAUGUUUCAUCAGGACCAUCUAUUCGGAACCCCAAAGCACGAGUAGUAACCUUAAGGGUUAAACUUUCCAGUUUGAAUUUAGAUGAUCAUGCAAAGAAGAAACUUAUUAAACUUGUGGGAGAGCGAUACUGCAAGACCACAGAUGUGCUCACCAUCAAAACAGACAGGUGCCCUUUAAAGAGACAGAAUUAUGAUUAUGCAAUGUAUCUGCUAACAGUUUUAUACCAUGAGUCUUGGAAAACUGAGGAAUGGGAGAAACAUAAGACUGAAGCAGACAUGGAAGAGUAUGUAUGGACAAAUAGCUCCUCAGAAAAAAAUAUCCUGGAAACACUUCUCCAAAUUAAAGCUGCGGAGAAAAACGUGGAAGUAAAUAAAGAAGAGCUCCUUGGUACUAAAGAAGUUGAAGAUUACAAAAAGUCGGUUGUUAGUCUUAAGAACGAGGGGGACAAUGAAAACACCCUUUCUCAGUACAAAGAAGCAGUGAAGAGACUGUUAAAUCUGACAUGAAGUAUGUACAAAAAUAUGCUUGAUUUAGUAAUUUUGUGAUCGAUAUGUAAUUAUCUAGUUUGAUAUAAAAUUAAAAAUGUUAAUAAAAACAGUUCUAUUUCAGAAUUAAAAUUAUUCCUUUUAUACUGAUGCACAGUGGCAAUGAUUAUUCAUAAACUUUCUUCUUUAUACUCUGUGGCAGUUAGACUAAUUAGAUCUCUGAUUUCUUCUGGUUCUACAGUGUAUGAUUUUACUUCUACCAUAACAACUUCAGAAUUUAUAUAUAUAUAUGUAUAUAUAU